UUUUUUUCUUUCGUUUUUUUGAUAAAUCAUUUAUCCUCUUCACGUGUUUCUCUCUGCCAGCUUCUUUCAUCGUUUUGGCUUCUUCAACCGACAAAAAUAUCUCAUUCCACUUCCCGGGAAAUAAAGAUUUUUUCUGGGAAGUUCUAUUUUUGGCCCUUGAAUUAUUCCCAUUCCCAUGAAAAUGGAAUAAAGUUACGUACCCAAUAACCAUGGAAUAAAGUUGUAUACCCUUAACCUUGGAAUAAAGUUAUAUAUACGGGGGAAAUUUAAGUUGGAGAUUAGUUUGUCGAACUGGGUUUUUGCACAGAUGAGUACUAGGAGAAAAAGCAGAGCGUUCAGUUUUGAUGAGGCUGUGGUUUUUCUGAACCGUCUUAUAGCAGAGAAGCCUUUACUUCCAUUCUUGAUUCCUCUGAUAUUGCUUGCUUGGGCUAUUGAGAGAUGGGUUUUCUCUUUCUCCAACUGGGUUCCACUCGCCGUUGCUGUCUGGACAACCAUACAGUAUGGGAGUUAUCAACAACGAAGACUUGUUGAAGACUUGAAUGAAAAAUGGAAGCGAGUUAUACGAAACACCUCACCUAUAACAGCACUGGAGCACUGUGAAUGGUUGAAUAAGUUGUUGAUGGAAGUAUGGCCCUACUUCAUUAACCCAAAGUUCUCAAGAAGGUUCUCAUCCAUUGUUGAGAAACGUUUAAAGCACCAAAAAUCAAAGCUUAUCGAAAAAAUUGAAUUGCUGGAGUUUUCAUUGGGUUCAAGCCCACCAAUUCUGGGUCUUCAUGGGACUCGUUGGUCAUGUUCAAAUGAUCUGAGAAUCAUGCGAUUGGGUUUUGACUGGGACACUACUGAUAUGAGUAUUUUGUUGCUUGCUAAGCUGGCCUUCAGGGGGACUGCACGAAUUGUUAUAAAUAGCCUUCAUAUUAAGGGUGAUGUUCUGUUGAUGCCGGUUCUGGAUGGGAAGGCAAUUUUGUAUUCAUUUGUUUCAAGACCUGAAGUGAAAAUUGGAGUUGCCUUUGGAAGUGGCGGGAGCCAAUCACUACCUGCCACAGAAUUGCCUAUCGUUUCUUCUUGGCUGGUUAAGCUUCUCACUGAAACCAUAGUGAAGACUAUGGUUGAACCUCGCCGCCGUUGCUUGUCUUUGCCAGCUGUUGACCUGAGGAAGAAGGCAGUUGGCGGGAUUAUAUAUGUCACAGUAGUUUCAGCAAGGAAACUUUCUAGGAAUAGCUUGAAAGGAAUUUCAUCGAGAAGGCAGCUAAAUUCUUCUACAAAUGGUAAUUUAGAAGAUGAGCUUGUUGAUAAAGCUCUUCAGACAUUUGUUGAAGUUGAACUUGAAGAGUUAACGAGGAGAACAGAUGUGAGAUCAGGCUCAAGUCCCACAUGGAAUUCAACAUUUAAUAUGGUUUUACAUGAAGAGACAGGAACUAUUAAAUUCCAUCUUUAUGAGAGUACCCCAAGCAACGUGAAGUAUGACUAUCUAGCACGAUGUGAGAUUAAGAUGAAGUAUGUAGCAGAUGAUUCCACAACAUUUUGGGCAAUAGGACCUGACUCUGGCGUAAUAGCCAAGCAUACUGAGUUUUGCGGGAAAGAAGUUGAAAUGGUUAUACCAUUUGAGGGGGUCAAUUCAGGGGAGUUGACAGUGACUCUUGUCUUAAAAGAAUGGCAAUUCUCCGAUGGUUCACACACCUUGAACAGCUUUCAGCUUAGCUCAAAUCAAUCAUUGUAUGGGUCAUCCAUUUCUCUGUCAAGAACUGGGAGGAAAAUCAAUAUAACUGUUGUAGAAGGAAAGGAUCUUCUUGCAAAAGACAAACCUGGAAAGUCCAGCCAAUAUGUAAAAAUGCAGUAUGGAAAAACUUUCCAGAGAACAAGGACUGCUCAUGCUUCAACUCCUAUGUGGAAUCAGAAAUUUGAAUUUGAUGAGAUAGGAGAUGGUGAAUAUCUUAAAAUAAAAUGCUACAAUGAAGAGACCUUUGGCGAUGACACCAUUGGCUGUGCACGAGUAAAUUUAGAAGGACUGGUGGAAGGGUCAAUAAGGGAUGUAUGGGUCCCCCUUGAACGAGUGAAUUCAGGAGAGCUGAGGCUUCAAAUAGAAGCAGUCAGAGCUGAUGACUACGAGGGAUCAAUGGAUUCAGUUAUAGGUUCUGUUGGUGGCUGGAUUGAGCUUGUUCUCCUUGAAGCGAAAGACCUUGUUGCUGCUGAUCUCAGAGGGACAAGUGAUCCUUUUGUGAGGGUUCAAUAUGGAAAUUUCAAGAAAAGAACAAAGGUAAUGGAUAAAACGCUGAACCCCAGGUGGAAUCAGACCUUAGAGUUUCCUGACGAUGGCAGUCCCCUAGUUUUGCACGUUAAAGACCACAAUGCUUUACUACCCACAUCUAAUAUAGGUGAUUGUGUUGUAGAAUAUCAGAGAUUGCCUCCAAAUCAGAUGUCUGACAAGUGGAUACCCCUCCAAGGGGUGAAGAGGGGAGAGAUUCACAUUCAAAUUACAAGAAAAGUUCCUGAGCUAGGGAAGAAAUCUAGUUUAGAUUCUGAGUUAUCCUUAACUAGAGCACGCCAAAUUUCUAGCCAGAUGAAAGAAGCGACAAACAAGUUUCGUUCUCUAAUGGAGGACAGUGAUCUCGGAGGACUCUCAACAGCUUUGAGUGAAUUAGAAAGUCUCGAGAAUUUGCAGGAAGUGUGCAUGGAACAGCUUGAGAGAGAGCAAAUGCUUCUUAUUAACAAGAUAUCUGAUCUCGGUCGGGAAGUUUUUAACAGAUCUCCUUCCUUGAGCAUGCUUUCCAGCAAUUGAAGCGUUCCUUGGAGUUUUAAUCUUAAUGAUCAUCUUUGUCCCUUAACAUAGUUUAGUUACCAAUAAAAGAUAAAGAAGUGUACAUGCAUGGUUUUCCAACUAAUGGUUUUACAUGCAUUGGUUAGUCUGUCACCUUCAAGCCGUGUAUAUGUAGUAUGAAUGCCUUAUAAAUUUAUAGAAUUUCUCUCUCCGUACAAA